UUUGUACUCUGCCAGCUCACCCAGCCCAACCUCCUUGGUGUACCUCCUUGAGUGUUUGCUGCUGGCCGUCUGUUCUCUAAACUUUGCUCAGUUAGGGCAUGUUGGAGAGGAGGUGAGAAGGCUACUUCAGGAGUCAACAUUUCUCUGAACGGAUUUUCCCGCGUCUGUUUUAACGACUAGUUGUAGACCAGUCAGUCUGGGGCUUUGAGGUUCAUCCAACAUGGGGGACGUCAUUUCCAGUCACCUGGAUGAAGCCAAACGGGAGAUUAUCACAGCUCGAACCUGGGAGGUGAUGGGGGAGUUUGGGCGUCUCUAUGAGCAGCAGUAUGCAGUGGCUCUCUUCAACAAAGUUCGCUUUGACAUAGAAGGAGGAGGUGGCCCACAAGCCCAGCUACUCCACCGCAAAAUUCCACUGGCGAACAAGUCCAUCUUCUCUGGCUCACUAUUUCAGUACCUGGAGGAGAACAAGAAAUGGAGGAACCGCUUUCUCUUCGUUCCAGACUCCUACAACAUCGAUUAUUAUGACAGCAAAGCAUCCCAUGACAAACACCUCCAUCCCAAAGGAACCAUCAACUGUGCCGGCUACAAAGUGCUGACAUCUAUGGAGCAAUACUUGGAUCUGAUCAGCAACAGCCUGCCUGAUGUAAAAGCCAAAGUGGGAAGUUCCCCCUUCCUAAAGUGUGCCACCAAUUUCCCUCUGAUCCUCUGGCACCCUUACGCCCGUCACUACUACUUCUGUGUUGUGACCGAAAAGGAGCAGCAGAAGUGGCAUGCUGUCCUCCAGGACUGUGUCAGGCAUACCAAUAAUGGUUUGUCAGAGGAGAACAAAGUCCAAACACCAGCCUUCACUGAUGCAGUACGACUCUACCGCCAAGCCCAAGGGCAGUAUGGCACUUGGGAGAUGAUGUGUGGUGUACCAUCACAGAUCCUGUCCAACCUGGUGAUGGAGGGCCUACUCCCUGAGCUGAGGGAGCUCAUCUCCCCCCGCUUGAAAGGCAAACUACACGAGAGGCAGAGGAACUGGAUGUUGAUUUGUGACGCCGUAUACAGCCUGGUGCAUGGCCAGUGUCAGGCCCAGUAUGAGAUGGUCUUGCAGAAGUGUGCGGCGACCCACUCCUCUCUGGAGGCCUCCAUACGAACAGAUAUGGACCAGAUCAUCACCUCCAAGGAGCAUGUCACCAACAAGAUCAGAGCGGUUGUUCUCCCCAAGGCUGAGAAGCUGCUGAUGGUAAGUAUCCAGCCUUACAUCGGCUCCAUUCUUGACGCCUUGAUGGAGCCCACCAGCCGAGGCUUCUCUGAGGUCCGCAAUGUGUUCUUCAGGGAGCUGGUGGACAUGAGUAAGAACACCGUCAAUGAGGGAACCAAAGAGGCCGUGGCACAGCACAUGGAGAAGAUCUCUAUGCUGGCCUUCCAUCCAAUAAAGAUGCAGAGCUGCUAUGAGAAGGUGGAGCAGCUGAGUCUGGAGGGUCUGCAGCAGAGGUUUGACGUCUGUAGCCCGUCCGUGUUUGUCCAAAGGGCCCAGAUCCUCAUGAGAGAGCAAAUGGACGAUGCAGUGUAUACAUUUGAGCAGAUGCUUCACCAGAGUCUGGAGUCUCAGGGUACAGAGGAGCUCUGUAAGGCCAUCCAGCGCUGCCAGGACAGAGUCAUUAAGAAAUUUGAUUAUGACAGCAGCACAGUGAGGAAGCGAUUCUUCCGUGAGGCUCUCCUCCAGAUCUUCAUCCCUUACAUGCUGAAGCAGCUGAGCCCGUCCUGUGCCUCAGAGCUGCCACGCUUCCAGGAGCUAAUCUUUGAGGACUUUUCCUCCUUCAUCCUGGUGGAGAACAUCUUUGAGGAGGUGGUGCUGCACUCGGUCAUGAAGGACAUCACAAUGGCUGUGAAAGAGGCGGCAGUCCAGAGGAGACACAACCUCUACAGGGACAGCAUUGUCCUCUCUAACAGCGACCCCAGCCUCCACCUACUAGGAGAAAACCCCUCCAUCGACUGGGCCGGGGAGUACGGAGGAGCCCAGGAGGUGGUGGAUGGAGAAGGUGAGGAUGUUGAGGGUGAAGGUGGGGAGUCCCAGAAGAGGAGGAGGAUGAAGCAGGUGGUGUCCAUGAUCCAGGUGGAAGGAUCCCCAGUCCUACCCAACGAAUCUUGCAUAGAGGUGCCCGGUGUCGACAACAUAUCGGAAGAGGACGGAGAGGACGAGAAGGAUGAAGAUGGGGAGGAGGACUCAAAUGGUAAAGCUUUUCCUGACCAGAGUGUAUCUGCAAGUCCCAAAGCUUCAGAGAACCCUCCAGACUUGUCAAAUGGUUCUGUCUUGAAGGAGGAGGAAGCUAAACCAGAGGAGCAGGGUAAAGAAGAAGUCCCACUGAAGAUUAAAGUUGCUUCAAAAAGUAUUUCAGAGGAAAGGGGUAAGGAAGAGGACAGCCAGCUGAUGGUGGAGGAACAACCACCUUCAAACCAGAAGGAGACGACGUUGCCAUCACCACCUUGUCCAGAGGAAGUCCCAUGUGAAGCUUUUCCUGACCAGAAUGGCUCUGCAAGUCCCAAAGCUUCAGAGCACCCUCCAGACUUGUCAAAUGGUUCCGCCUUGAAGGAAGAGGAAGCAAAAUCAAAGGAGCAGGGUAAAGAAGACGUCCCACUGCAGGUUGAAAUUGCUUCAAGAAGUGCUUCAGAUGAGAGUGGUAAGGGAGAGGACAACAAGCAAAUGGUGGAGGAACAACCACCCUCAAACCAGGAGGAGAUGUUGCCACCGCCACCUUGUCCAGGGGAAGUCCCAUCUGGAGCUACAGUAGUGACUCCAGAGAGCCCUCCAGAGGUGACAUCUGACUUCCCCCCACCUCCACACGACGACAGCGGCUUCCUGUCUCCCACCAGUAAGAGGGCAGAGGAGGAGGAGGAGGAGGAGGAGGAGGCGGCCCCAAGCACAGAGGUGGGGGAGACGAGUGUUGCCGCAGCACCAGGAGCAGUGUCCAAAACCUGUGACCCUGAGACCAGAGACCAGUGAUCAGAUGAUUUAUUUGACCUAAACUGAAUCCAGCCUGUUUUGUUGUUUUUUUUGUAUUUUUUUUUACAAAGAUUCAAAACUUUCAUUUAAAAAGCAUGAAAUGUCUUUUUAGUUUUCACACCAGUUCCAGGCAUAGUAAUCACUUGCAGAUUAUUUUCACCGAGCAGGGCUCAGGUGCUGUCGUCAUUUUGUUAAAUGUAGUUUUUUUUCUGUAUAAUUUAAACUUAAACUUUGCGUCAGAAAGAAAAAGCUUUCGAUCCACUUAAGUUCCACAAUUUAUUUUCUCUUCACCUGGUAUAAAUGUGAGCACAACGGACAACCUUGAGUCCAUAAAGGUGUGUUAUAAACACAUACAAGAACGGGCUACUUGAGGCGCUUUUGGUGAAAUACAUAUAGAUCAAAGUCUGUUUUGUUUAACUACCGUGUGGCCUUCAGUAACCUUUGGCAUUGUUUUUUAAUGACAUUUGUUGAUGUAAAUACAGUCUGUGCUAUUGGAAACUCAUGGGUUAUUAUUGACCUAAUUAUCCAAAAGGAAAUACUUUACUGAAUGUGGAAAAGUCUCAAAGGUGAUUUUUUUUUUUUUUUCUUUCAUUUUUCAUCUCAAACUUACAUUCAUUAAAAUUCAUUCAUUGUCUCAGUAUACAUACUGACUUGACACAAGACUUGACAAAUUCUUUUGUGUUGGUGAGAAUAAUAUGAGUUUAUCCCUUAACAAAGAAAGCUUUUAUAUAUUAUGUAUGAAUACUUACAUGGACCAGUGAACUUCAUUUCACAUAAUUUCAUAUAAUUUCAUCAGUGUCUUAACUGAUUUCCCCACUCCCGUAUUGUAUUUAUUAUUUUGCAUCCCCUUCUCUUUUUGACCAAUGUACUUUUAAAUUUAUUUUACACGUGAUACAAAUAUUAUUGAUAAUAAAUCAUUAUCGAUUAAUUAUUAUAA